AUGGCCAUUGCUGUGAUAGACCGAUACACCGGUGGACCGGAUUACACUAAGCAGCGACAAGAGCCACUCGACGACUGGGAACAAGCGAAGAAGGCCGCGGAACUCAACAACGCCUUCCAAGAUGGUAGCAUUGUGUACCAACCGGGACUCUUAUGGGACAUCCCACGCCUCGCCAACUAUCGACAGACGAAUGAAGUAAACACCCCGGAAAGUUUCUCAGAAGAAGAAGCCAGGAAACUCGAAGAAGAAAACGAGACAGCCAUCAAACGGAUACAAGACGCCAUCAACUACACGAUGCAAAUUCGAAACAACAGCGAAGUUGGAGACACCCUCCAACACAUGCGGAAAACCCGAGACCGCCGCAUCGCACUACGCGGAAACACCCGAGGACAGUAUCAACUCAAGUACAAAGCAACCCAAUUUGUCUACCGACCCCAAAACGAUAGAAAGACGGAACGAACCCUCGCGGUAGCCAGCAAAUACGCCCGCAAAGCCACCGAGCAAUUGGAUGAAAUGCUGAGACAACAACAAUUCAGGGACGCCAGCACCCAGACCCGAGUAUACCAAGCAAAGGACAACCUAAGCCAACGAUGGAGCUCACCAUAUACCACGGUAGCCAGCGACUCGACCUUUGAAUUGCCACAAAGAACCCGCGCUACUCCUCAACCUAUCUCGGAAUGGGCUGAAGACGUCGUAGACGGACCACCCUCGGCGGAAGUACGUCCACAAGGAACGUCGAUAGACGAUACCGACCCGGAAGACGCAGAAGAAGAACACCAUCUCGACAGAAUGGAAAAAAUUAAGGAAAUCGCCUUCCAUGCAGAAGAAUAUCAUAACAAAAUCCCUACAACAAUCAUACAAACCCGGGAUGAAGAAAUAUUCUUAGAAGACGAUCCCAGGAUUACGACACAGCACAGAGAACACAAGGAGAUAGCAUGGAUCUACUACAUCUUCGAUCACUACGCCUACCAUCUCUCAAAGAAAGCAGAAAACGAACUAUACCCUAAAAGAAAAGAAGAACUGCGAAUCCGCAGAGCCCAUGAGGAACAAGAACUCUCAUAUUGGGAAGUACGGGGAGAACCCGGAGAAUGGAAAACUAACAACAAUGGAAUAGCAUUCCUACGACCCAGCAUCGAAUACCCUCAGAAGUGUGUGAACUACUUCACGGGAGUCUGGUAG